AUGGUGGAGGCACAUCGUGUGUGGGACCAGCGCGAAUCGGGUAAGAAGCGGCAGAGGGGUGAGGAUGAGGGUAGAAUGCUAGAGGAGAGGCGGGUGCAGCGCGAAAAGGAGGUGAAGCAGCGGAGGGAGGAGGAACAGCGAAAGAGGGAGGAGAAAAAUCCGGAGCGCGAAAAGGAGGAGAAGCGGCAGAGGGAGGAGGAAAAGAGGAAGAGGGAUGAGGAGCGAGAGGUCGAGCGCGAAAAGGAAGAGAAGCGCCAGAGGGAAGAGGAAGAGCAGAAGAGGGAGGAGGAAAGGUUGGAGGAAGCCGCAAAGAAGGAAGAGGAGAUGCAACAAAAGGAGUUAGUGGCAGAAACGGAGAAAAUGGAAAAGGAAAGGCGAAGAAUUGCGGGGGAGAAUGUGGAUGCGGCAGCGGAGCAAGGGCAGGGAGAAGAGGCGGAAGGUGUAGUGUGUGCCGGGAUUCUAAAUGUGCUUAGCAUGGUUCCGGAAGCACAACUGCAAGUAGUGGACCUGGUGGAGGAGCAAGAUGAUUGGGGAACGAACAUGGACGCAGAUGAGGGGUCUUACGGAGCUGCGCAGUCAGAGGAUGCAGUCGGUGAAAAUGUGUCGAGAAAUCAGAAUGUGCAACCCACAUUGGGAGAGGCGACAGACGAGGUGGCAUAG